CUCCAUUGUGCUAGUGUUCAUUCACAACUCAAAAUUGCAAUCUUUCUUAUUAUUAAAAAAAUAUUUGCAAUCUUUUUUAUUAAUCAAAGAGACUAUGGCUCGUUCCAUUUACUUCAUGGCAUUUCUUGUCUUGGCAGUGACACUCUUUGUUGCUAAUGGGGUGCAAGGUCAAAAUAACAUUUGCAAAACAACAAGCAAACAUUUUAAAGGAUUAUGUUUUGCCGACUCUAAAUGUAGAAAAGUUUGUAUCCAGGAAGAUAAAUUUGAAGAUGGUCAUUGUAGCAAACUCCAAAGGAAGUGCCUAUGCACUAAGAAUUGUGUAUUUGACAAUAUUCCUAAUGAUGUUGGAACUAUUUUGGUUCAGGAUGCUAAAACUCUCGAAGCACAAUUGCUUGAAGAAGUGAUUCUCGGGCUGUAAUUAAGUCUGAUUAUGGAUUUAGUGUCACACAAAAUUAAAUAAUGUGUUGCCUUUCUUAAAAGAGUAACUUGCAAUACUGUGUUCUUGGCCUAUAGUAGCCAUUUGACACAUUAAAUAAGUUGUGACACAUAAAUCCUAUAUGUAUCUUGUAUAAAGUUUUAUGUGUUUUAAUAAAAAGAGACCGUCUACGGUCCGUAAGUAUGAAA